GAGAAAGAGCAGAGUUUAUUCAAACAGUUAAGCCUUGGAGCAGCUGCUGGCUGGAUCUGCGGGGACUGGGAGGGGUCUGGAGCAGCGGCUGCAAAGCUGGGCUGGCUCUGCCGGUUUCACUGCCGCGGCAGCUCUGCCGGAGGGAAGGUCGGACUCGCUCCCGGGUUCGGGACUCGGCUCGCCGGGAGCAGUUGUUCUCUUCCCUGUAUCCCAUUGAAGACGAGAGCAGGUGAAAGAGAAAGACGUCCCCGUGGAGAACUGAGAGGUUUCAUUUGUGUUCCAACUUUUCCUCCCCCUGAAAGAGACUUGCUGAGCCGGGAAGAUGCGUGAGUACACGGAGAAGAAGGAGACAUGCGGCACCAUCUGCCUCAAAUACCUGCUCUUCAUCUUUAACUUCUUCUUCUGGCUGGCGGGUGGGGCGGUGAUGGCGGUGGGGAUCUGGACUCUGGCCGAGAAGAGCGACUACAUCAGUCUCCUGUCCUCCAACACGUACAUGGCGACCGCCUACAUCCUGGUGGUGGCGGGAAUUGUCGUCAUGAUUACCGGCAUCCUCGGGUGCUGUGCCACCUUCAAAGAGCGGCGGAACCUGCUGAGAGUGUACUUCAUAUUGCUGCUGUGCAUUUUCCUGCUUGAGAUCAUUGCUGGUAUCCUGGCCUAUAUCUACUACCAACAGCUGAGUAUGGAGCUGAAGCAAAACCUGAAAGAGACCAUGACCCAGAAGUACCGGAAGGAGGGAGAGGAGGGCUUGACGAGCGCAGUGGACAAACUGCAGCAGGAGUUCAAGUGCUGUGGCAGCAACAAUGCUACAGACUGGAGUGAGAGCAUCUGGAUCAAAUCCGCGGAGGCUGGAGGGCGGAAAUUCCCAGACAGCUGUUGUAAGACGAUAACAGAAGGGUGUGGCCGGAGAGACCAUCCUUCCAACAUCUACAAGGAGGGCGGCUGCAUCACUAAGCUGGAAAACUUCAUCCAGGAACACCUGAAAAUUAUUGGAGCGGUGGGGAUUGGCAUUGCUUGUGUUCAGAUCUUUGGAAUGAUCUUCACUUGCUGCUUGUACAAGAGUUUAAAGUCAGAACCGUACUAGGAGCACCAGGAAAUCCAUCAGCUCCCCCUCUACCACCACCCUCAAUGUCUCAACCCCACCAGCUUCUACCCAGCAGCACAGAAACUUCAGUAACCCAAGGACUUGCCUUCCUUAUGAAGUGACUCUUGGAUCAUCCAGCACCUACCCUGCCUCUGCCAGAGAAGGCCACCCUCCUUAAGGUAGCACAGGACGGCCAGGAGUUCAAUGGAUUCCCUGUGUGUUCUAGAGCAAUUGAUCUGCAGAUUCCACUCUGCUAGAAGCUUUAACAAACCAGGCCCAUGUUGCAACCUCAAAAAGAAAUCAUCCAAGCCCUGCCGUGAGGUAUCAGGAUUCCACACAAGAACAAUGGUUCGCUCUGGCUGAUAGACCAUUCAGCAGCCUGUGCACCGACCAUGAGAACAGAUAAUGUCUCUGUGCUGGGUGGGAGCCCACACCAAUUCUUACAUCCAGAAGAUUCCCCUUGGGCCGUGCCCAUGCCCUGACAGAGCUAUAUUCCAUCUAUACCUGCUCUUUUCAGUUGCUGCCAUCACCUCUCUCCAUCUCCCUAGCAGGAGCGUGACCUGCCAGAACUCUGAUUUUGCCUGAGGUGUGGCCGGCUGGGGUUACACAGCAACCUUGCCCCUUCUUCCUCAAAGCCUCCAUCCCAGUCAGAGCCCAUUGGGGGAACAGGGGCUUUUUGCCUUCAGAGACUGGAGAGGGGAUGUUCAAUCAUUUUCUGAUUUGCUGCGAUUUAUAUUUUAUUUACAAAAGGAAAAGGAGGACCUGUGGCAUAUUAGAGACUAACACAUUUAUUUGAGCAUAAGCUUUCCUGAGCUACAGCUCACUUCAUCGGAUGCAUUCAGUGGAAAAUAUUUAGUGACUUCCAGUGUAAAUGGGAAAAAUUAACUUGUCCCCCCUCCUGCUCCCUGUCUGACAGGCCCUGCAGUGGGCCAUGAGGGGAAUGUGUUGUACCUUGCCACAUAUGGGUGUUUAAAUUGUUCGCCUUUUCAGUUGCCGGAAUGGCCUACUGGAACACCACUCUCCAGAGAAACCCUCUUAUGUGACAAGAUACUCCCCCGCCGUGUGGAUUAAUUGUUGCCCAAGAGAGGCAGAUGUGGAGGCUGCAAAGGAAAUGCACUAAGGGUUUUGUACAGGUUCCCGGAUCUCAUUAAUCAGUUAGGCAUGCUCUGGCGCUAAUUAAACCUGUAACCCUGCUUUCUCAUUCCUCUCACCUAAUAACCGGCAGAGUCAGUUUCAUCUGAUCGCAAAAUGUACUUGGUAAAUUGGUAGUACCAGGGGAUGCUAGUUAACUGUCUGGUUAGUGUACAUGCAUGGUGACUUCACUAGUAUCUGUAGCACUUUUCAGGGCAAAAGACGUCUAUUGCCCUCAUAGUCUCUCCCUAUGGCUGUGGACCAUGAUGCCAGCUGGGUGCUAGCCUGAAUUCCUGGCAGCUGCUGUGCCACCCUAGGUAUGUUACUCUGAAUUGCCAAUGUUCCAUCAGCGCUUCCAAAGGAUAGACCUGGCACAUGGGCACCUGGCAGGCUUUGCACACACAAGUUGGUGCAGCUGUGAAAUUUACAUAGCGCCUUUAGCGACACAUGGGUGAAAAUUUGGUCUUCGAAUGCCCAAACUGGCAAUUAGCUCUAAAGUGAAACUAAAUCAGCAUUGAAUGCCUUUCUAAAAACUCAACCAUCAGAGGUAGGUUUGAUGCAGGAGUCACUGGAUGGAGUUCUCUGGCCUGUGUUAUGCAGGAGCUCAGACCAGAUGAUCAGAAUGGUUCCUAGUGGCCUUGAAUGCUAGCUCAGGUCUGUAGAGUGGGUGGCUAGUUCCUGAAGGGAGCAGCGUGUUCUUGAGGCUGCAGUAUGAGAAACAUCCAUGUGGGUUAUAGGAAAGUGCUUUUAAAACGUUCCAGGCAUAAGCGAGUCGGUGAGCUCAGCCUUAGGGGUUGGUGCAGGGCAUUGUGAUGCUCAAGAGCAGCCUCUUUGGCUUACUGAGAAGCAGGUGGGAUACUUGGAAUUGUGUGUGGCUGGGUCCUGUCCAGCCCACUUCGGUGCAGGGCCCUGAAGUAUAGUCCUUGUGGGAGGGAGGGGUUCCCAUUCUAGCCACCUUUGUAGAAAUCCAAACUCUCCUUGGGCUUGCCCCUGAAUAUUCCUUUCCUUUCAGAGCCCUCCAAGCUCUGCAGGGUGACCAUGAUCCUUGUCCUCCCCAGAUGCGGCAGUGCUGAUCCCUGUUUCACCACCAGCCACUCCUAGCUCCUUCCCAUCAUAAGCACUGUCAGUGGCACCCUUCCAUCCCAGGAAUUCACUGUGCGCACCCAGCACAGCGUCCUGUGUAUGGUGACCCCUGCUCCAAAGGAUUUAUAUUUACAGCAAUAGAUUCAUGGCAUUCCAUGGAGCUGGAUCCUAUACCUUUCCAUGCUCUGAUUAAGUUUUGCUUCACAGAGAUCUCUGUGGUCCUGGUGCUGGAGGGGAGAAAUCACAAGCUACUAAGGCACGUAAUUUAUCCCUGAUGAUCAGCAACUGCAAAUCCCAUCCCCCAAACUGAUCAUACUCCCCCUCUCAGUCCCUUCAGUAGUUGGCCAAGGACAGCAGAUCCAGGGUGAAGUGAUGACUGAAAAGCACUCAUUGGGUUGUGCAGUCAAGUGAAUAACUCAGGGCUGUGUGGGUUGGCUUUCUUGAGAGUCCCAGACAAAGAGUGUCUGAGGGUCCUUGGAGAUACUUCCUUUGUCAGGAAGAGUGAACAGAGGUGGAGUGUGGGUUGGGAAAGUCCGUUCACUGCAGGAAGAUGGUAUAAGCUGAGUGACUUACUCCCUUUCUUGGCCUUUAUGGAGUUUGUUGUGACUCUGGGCAUAUACUGAGCCCAGCAGCCAGACAGUUAACAGUCCUGGAAUCUCCCAGUGUCCCACAGGGCCUGUUACACCAUCAGAAGGCUUUGCACCAUAUACCAGAAGCCUCCCAGUAAGAGGUUAAAAGGUGAUGAGGUAAAAAAAAAAAUCAGGGCAGGUGAAACUGGGAAUCCCCAAUGCAGCAGCAACAUGAAAUAAUUCUAGAUGCUAACACAGGCAAAGAGUGUGGUGGAGGGGCAUUUUUGCCCUUGGGGUGGUGGAAGGGGGAAAGAGAACCUAAAUUAUUACAGAAUACUCUAAAGGAUAAAACUCUAAAUUAUUGCUCGUUUUACUUUUCAGCUCCUGAGAAGUUGACUAGUAACAAAAAGGAAAAUACUGAGCACAUUGCUUGAAGCAAUAUUUUUAGUUACUUAAGUGGGUAUUGCCAGUUGUGUGUACCCGCUCCCUGGAAGAUUUACUGUCCAGAGGGAGGGAGUGACCAGGCAGAAUGGCCAGGCCUUUGUCCUCUGAGCUGUUUUAUAUUUCCCCCAUGUAAUAUUCAUGCUUUUUUUUAUCACUCAGUUUAAGUUGCUGGUCAAUAGACAAUAAAGCUAAAGACUCUCUACUUAUCUUUUGUAACCAUACCAAAGAGAUAACAUGCAGUAGUGGUUUAGCAGGGUUGCAGCGACAGAAAGGGUCUCAGAGAAAACAGGCCAAAGCUGGAAAGCAGAGGUUCUAAGUCUGGGGGUUCACGAUCCUCAAAGGAGUUGCAAACAACUGUGAGGAAAUCACAACCACCCUGCCCUUCCCAUGUUGCUAAGUGGGAUUGGGGGUCUCCAUAUGGAAAAGCUUGAAGAGCGCUGAUCUCCAGGAACUGGUUUUCAGAGUGCUGAGCACCCGCGGGUCCUGGGAGCUGUUGAUGUUCAGUACUCCUGGAUAGCCGAUCCUGCAAGGUGCUGAGCGCCAUUAACCCCCACUGAAGCCAAUAGAAGUUUAGGGCACUUGACACCUCCUGUUCCCCAACAAGAAGCCUGAUCCAGGGCACAUGGUCAUCUAUGGAAAAACUCCCAUUGGCUUCACUGGGCUUCGGAUCAGGCCCAUGCUGAAGCCUGUGUCUCGGGGCAUGGGCACGAGUGUGCAUAGUAUACAGUACGUAUUGUAAAUAACAAGGGCUGAAUAAAUAGCGAGCAUGGGAGGGAAUAAAAAAUCCCUCUGGACCCAGCUGGUCCUUCAAACCUGAACAAGUUGAUCUGGGAGAAUAGAGUGGGAAGCAGGAGACAAAUUAGUUCCUUGGCACUGUUUAGCUAGCUUUAUAGGGGUCCAGUCCCACAAGGUGCUGAGCAACCACAGCUCCUAUGGUAGCUGAGGACCUAGGAUCUCGUGGGGUCAGGCCCUGAGUGAGCGCACACAGAGGUGUUUACACACAGUGUGCCGCAUGGUGUGUAUUACAGUAUUUUUCAGGAGGCUCAGCUUCACAUUCAUUGCCCAAGUGGGAGAGGCCCUGCUGGCCAUGACACAUGCAGAGUGGCAGCUGAGGCCAGCUCGGUAUGGCUCCCAUAGGCUCUGCCAGGGGGCAGCUCUUAUCCAGCCCAGCUGCUAGUGCUGCUGCCUCUGGCCUGCCAGGGGCUGUGUUCAAGUCCUGGCAGCAGUAACAGGCAGGAUGUGCGUGAACAGUGAGUCCAAUCCCUGGCCGGAAAGCCCGGUUAAUUCUGCUCUACUGUCUGCCCACCAGUUGCACCCACGCACACUAAACUUAACUGAAGUCCUCCAUCCGGUGCAGGGGCUUGCACUAGCGAUUGCAGGUCAAUGGAAUGCAGCGCCAGUGUAGUGCCAUAUGGUGAGCUCUACUUCUGUCUUGGGGCCAGUGCUGCAGAGAUGCAUUCCUGUGUCUGUGGCCUGGGCACACCCGUGCCCUUGGCGUAGCUCGCAGCAGUCUAGCCUCAGCCCUGGACGUGUGCACGGAGCGUGCAGGAGCGGAUGAGUCUGGCAGCCACUCUGCAGUCCAGCUUUGAGCUCACCUGUGUUUGCUUUAGGAAUUAAAAAUGACAACCAUAACCACAAGUGUCCCCCUUAUUAGCCCUGUGCCAAUGUGAUAGGAGCAAAACCCUUGGAGAAAUGUCCUCCUGCCAUUAACAUAUCUGACCACAGAGUGGCACUCUGCAUGCCACAUACAGUGCAGUGUAUGAAGCAUUGCUGCAUCCCAGCUAACUGAGCUGGGCCUAAUGCAAGUGCAGCUUUAGGGGGUGUGCGUGCCAGGUGUCUCACCGGAGCUGAGAAGAGCGUAUUGCAUGUAACUCCAGAAGAGUCGAAGUGGAAAGGCCUCUGCUCCCCUCCUCUGAUGGAAGGAAGUUAGUCGCAGCUCUAGAGAAAUGUGCAUUUUCACAUCGUAUGGUAGAUUUUGUUACAGUAGACUGCGCUGAGGUUGGCCUGGGGAGUGGGGAAAUGUUGCAAUGUACUCAGGCCUAAAGUGGGAAUUUGAGAGCAAAAGCCUGUUCAAAACCACCUUAUGUAAUAAAUACAGUUCUUGGUUCAUCCUCUGCCUGUCCUUCCCUCCUGUUCCUAGCUUUGUUUCCUCCCUUGGCAGUUCACAUGCAUUGGAAUGGGCCCAGCCAGAAGUAUCACACAGCACUUCCUCCACUGAGCACCAUCGGCUUGGGGUGAGCUCAUUCACUUGUACGUCCUGAUCUCACUGCGGGCCAGUUACUCUUUAUUGUUACGCCCAUCACGGUUCUAAUCGGCUUAGCUUUUGGAGCCCAGUGGGGACAGGACAAAAUCUCUGGUCCCUUUGG